AUAGUUUUGAUUGAGUUAGGAGAUGAUGGUUUUCAGCAGACCUACAGCGAUGAUGACAGCUUAUCCCUCGUUGAUGAGAAUCAAGAAGUGUACGCCGUAGAAACUCCAGAAUUCAAACCAGCCACACAAAGUGAGGGGGAAUACAUACUUCUCUUGUGGGUUAACAGAAUUGGAACAGGAACUCAGGGAAGGAUGUUUGGUUCUCCGUAUGUAGUCCAAAUCUCCAGGGAAGCCACAUUUAAAGAAAUACAGAAACAGAUGCUGGUAGCAAUGGAUGACAUACUACAGAAUGAUGUUUCGUUAGAGAACAUUGGAAUUGUGCUACGUUUGAGGGUUAUUGGUGGACUUUCUGGCAAAUGUUACUUACCCAGUGACGUGGACCACCCAUUGUACAUGCCAACUGUUGACCAUGCUUUGGAAGCUUUGGAAGCCACCACUCUAACAGGGCCACAACAUUUGAAGUUGAUAGUGGAAUGGGAUCAGGAGACAAAGGAGGAAAUGAUCAGUGAUGUAGAAGUCCUUAUGGAAGUAGAUCCUAGUGUUCAGAAACUAAGAAACCAACAAAAACAGGUGCCUAAAGUAACUCUAGAUGAGUGUUUCCAACAUUAUUUUGUGGAAGAAAAGCUUGGAGAGGACAAUGCUUGGAUGUGUCCUUCGUGCCGCCAACAUCAACUAGGGGUGAAACAACUCAGCCUGUGGUCCUGUCCUGAUUAUUUUAUUAUUCAUCUCAAACGGUUCAGACAGUCCUCCAGUCAACGUACCAAGUUAAAAAGCCUAGUAGAAUUUCCUGUUUCGGGACUAGACAUGGCUCCAUAUGUUGCUCAAAGGAAUCCCAUCCUGAUCAACAGUCAUCCCAAUGGAAUGUGGACGUGGUCCCCCUGGAAACGUCCAAGGACACAGAACUUCACUUAUCCUGAAGAAAAUGUGUAUGAGUUAUAUGCAGUUUGUAAUCACCAUGGAAACAUGCAAGCAGGACAUUAUACAGGUAAACUUAAUGAUGAAUUUUUUAAUGGUGUGAGUGGUAUAUUUGAUUACAGUAAUGGUGUGAGUGGUAUAUUUGAUUACAGUAAUGGUGUGAGUGGUAUAUUUGAUUACAGUAAUGGUGUGAGUGGUAUCUUUGAUUACAGUAAUGGUGUGAGUGGUAUAUUUGAUUACAGUAAUGGUGUGAGUGGUAUAUUUGAUUACAGUAAUGGUGUGAGUGAAUCCUCAUUUGAUACUAUAAACCUUCGACAUAAGGGUCCCUUCCAGCGGGGUGAAAGGAGGUUCGCCAGUAUGAUCCCACUAACACCACCUAAGAAAGACUUGUUAGUGGACAGACAUUCGGGUGAUGAAGCUCCAAAAGAAGAAGUAGGUAAAAGUGAUUUAGAUGAGAAGAGUGAUAAAGGUGCAUCUCCUGGACAGACGGUGUUUCGGGUAACAGCAGUGUGA